AUGAAUAUAAAAACUUUAUUUAUAAAUCUAUUAGCUUUUGGUACUUUACUUUCUAGUAUUUUAACAAUUACAGCUAAAAAUCCAGUUAUAUCAGUUAUAUUUUUAAUUUCUACUUUUGUAUCAGCAGCUGGUUAUUUAAUAUUAAUAGGAAUACAAUUUUUAGGUUUAUCAUAUAUAGUAAUAUAUGUAGGUGCAAUAGCUGUUUUAUUUUUAUUUGUAAUAAUGAUGAUAAAUAUAAAACUAACAGAUAUUUUAGAAACAGGAAGUCAAUACACUAAAAAUUUACCAAUCGCUAUUAUAAUUGGUUCAGUAUUUUUAUUUAUAAUAUUUACUAUUGUUCCUUUAAAUAUAUAUAACGUUCCUAGUUUAUCUUUUGCAAUUAAUAAUCCUAGCUUUAUGCAAUUAUUUAUUGUUUCGGGACAGGAAGGAUCUGCUAAUGCUGGAGGAAUAUUAAAUUCUUUAAAUUCUUUAUUAAUUGAUUUAAAUUCUUUAUAUAAUUCAUUGCAAUUGCAAGAAAUAAAUAAUGUAUCAGUUAAUUCUGUAUUGCCAAUGGAAUUAAAAGAUUUAAAUAUUGGUUGCAUAAGCAAGAGUCUUAAUAAUUCAACAACAACUAUAAACGAUUUAUUUGUUUUAGAUUUCCAACAAAUUGAAGUAUUAGGACAUACUUUAUACACUUAUGCAAGUAUUUUAUUUUUAUUAUUAAGUUUUAUUUUAUUAUUAGCUAUGUUUUCUAUUAUUGUUAUUAGUAAUUAA